GAUCAUAAGAAAGAAAAUAAAAAAAAGUGAACAAGUGAAGCUGGGUCUCUAUUUUAUUACAAUAAAGAGGCACUUGUGUCGAAUUCUAUAUUUAUAAACAAUUUAUUCAAUAUAUUUACGUUUAUUUAUAUUUUUUAAUUCAUUAUUACAUACAUUAUUAAUAUAUCAACAAUUAUUAUCAAUAAUAUUUACACUUAAAUCCUCACUUAUUUUAUUUUAUCGCCAUGUUGGUUUUGUUGGUUAUGUUUAAAAUUAUUCAUUUAUAUUUUCAUUAACUGCUCCAAAAAUUCCGUGUCAUUUUUUUUUCACCUGUCAAAAAAUAAAAUCUAAUUAUGGUGCGUUCAUGUUCAUUAAAAAAUUGUAAUAAUUCAGUUCGACAGAAAUACCGAUUUUUUUUAUUACCAUCAGUUAAAAAAGUUGCUAAAAGAGCUGCGUGGUUGAAACAAUGUGAUUAUUUAUUAUCAGAACCGCUUCCGACAACUGGUAAUUCAAUAUCACUCUGUGAAGGACACUUUGAACCGGAUCAGUUUGUUGAAUACGGACCCAAUGUACGCACGAUAUUAAAACCAACGGCAAUACCAACGAUAUUCACUAAAAAUCCUCCACGUGUUUGUGACGCAGUCGAGCAGUGGUACGACCAAGAGUACAAACACAACAGUACCCUGUCAUUGAUAAAUGAUCUUACAGUGACAGAUGAUUCGAUUAUUUACCACAAUGACAAUCAGGACAAUGAAGUUGAGCUGGAGGAAUUAAAUAACGACAAUGAUGACAACGGAUAUGAGUACGAGUACGGCGACGUCGAUGAAAUGCCGGUUGCUAAAAUAAAAUCAACUGUCAGAUUGAUACGGAUACAGAGAAACAAAAUGCAAAUUGCAACUCCACAUGGUAUUAAAAUAAUUGCGGCUUCUUGCAAAACGCAGAUGGACAAUUUGGUGGAGAACCAGGUGGUCGAGCACUUCGAGGAAGGAUUGUCGCCGCCCUCGAGCAAUGAGAUGGAAACUAUCGAUGACAAUUCGAUGCCGUCAUCAACUUUUGGGGUGGGAACCAAGAAAAUUUGUCUGGAUGUUGAUAACAAAGCGGUGGCUUUUAAAGUUGAUAAUUCUGGUGGCUUUGGUUCGUUGGAAGAACAUGAGGAUGAUUUUGAUCCAGAGUACGCGGAUUACUGCGAUGAGGAGAACGGGACGAGGAAACGUAAGCUGGUUAACGCGGGAUUUAAAAAACAGCCGAAGUAUGAAAUAACUCCGGUGUUUGUUAAGAAGGAGAUUGAUGAUGAUGAUGAUGAUGAGGAAGUUGAUGACAAGACGAGGCUGAGGGAUAUCAUGCAUUUUAAUAUUUCACAGGCUGAUAGUGUAGAGUCGAAUGAUGCUGAUGCUGACUCGAAUGAUGGUAAUUUCGACCCGGAAUUGUUGGAUAGUUAUAAAAAUAAUUAUGAUGAUAAUUAUAUUAUGAAUGAUGAUGAUCAGCUGCAUGAGGAUCAUGUUCUAGAUGAUGAUGAUCAUGAUAAUGACAUUGAUUAUUCUCAGCUGAUAAUGAACGCUACGGAAUUACAAAAACAAGUUAAAGAUUUAGAAAAUGAGCGCGAUAAUAUUACGAGAAAGUAUCGACGACUGGAAUUAAAAAUGGAAACAUUUGAAACAAAUCUUCGGUCAUUUUUAAAUGACGAUCAAAUAAAAUUACUGCAGUCACAAUCACCGUCAAUGAACACAACAUCUUGGUCUGCAGAUACCCUUAAAAAAAGUGCCAAGAUUCGCUGCAUUGUUGGUCCACGUGCUUACGAAUACUUACGCUCACAAGAGCGCUAUCCACUUCCGUCAUUCCGAACGCUCUAUCGGCACCGCGAUGUUUCGAGGAUAAAUGAUUAUACGGAUGAAAUGAUACAGGAGCAUAUGAACGCGACGAUAAAUCGAGUUGCGAUGGUCGCUGAAGAAUCAGAAGCUUCGGAUCUUGAUGAUGAAGCUGAGGCUGAGGCUGAAGCUGAAGCUGAAAGAGAGAAUGAAAGACAAGCGGAGGCUGGAGCUCAAAGAGAAGCUGCUCAAAGAGAAGCUGCUCAAAGAGAAGCUGAAGCUCAAAAAGAAGCUGAAGCUCAAAGAGAAGCUGAAGCUCAAAGAGAAGCUGAAGCUGAACGUGAAGUUGAAGAAAUAGAAGUUGACGAUGACAUUGAAAACGAGUUUGAAGCUCAAGACGACGAAAGACAAAUUUCUAUUGAAAAUAAUUCCGAACCAGAACAUAUCAUAAUUGAUAUGUUAGAUCCUGAUAUUGAAGAUGAAGAAAUUUUUGAGGAAGAAGAUUUAAUUGAACAAGUACAAGAUAUUUUAAUGAACAACGACGAUGAAGAAACGUUACGACACGAAGACAUCGCGGCUAUAGAUGGGUUUCGAUACGUCGCCAGACAUUCGGCCGCGGACAAAACAGAUACGUGAAGGCUGUUUUUUAAAAUAAUGUAGUUGUAUAUAAUUUAGUUUAGAGGUAAUAAUUCUUAUGAUUAAAAGGUUCAAUGUAUUUUAUAUAAUAGAUAUGUAAAUUAAUUAUUGCUAAUAUUUUUUUAUUUAUAAUUAAAUAAUGAUGGAAUGAAAAAUUGCCAAGUAUUUAAAUUUAUUUUAAAUACUAUUAUUGUGUGAAUGAUUAAUAAAAUAAUUUGAUAAUA